AUGUCAUCUGAAAACUUUACCAACUCUACUUAUGAAGACUUCGCUGAAGAGGCCACCGAAAAAAUCACCAAGAUCUCUGUUUACACCCCGUUGAUUUAUGUGGCAAUCAUCUUGACCGCGUUGAUCACUUUUUCAAAGAUCUAUAGAAAGAGAUAUAUCAACAAGUUAUCACAUACCAAACCGUUCUUCCCACCAAACAUACAGAAGCAAGUGUAUUUUGAAUUGGCAGCGCAGGAUCCAAAACCUAAUGACAAAGUAUUGAAAGCCGCGCUCUUCAGAUGGGCUUCCGAGUCGAUCAGAAGAACCAUCAAGUUGAAAGAAUGCGAACAAUCCAUCACCAAGAUGUACCAAGCUGGGUCCAUUGGCGAUGAAUUAUUCACCAGAUACAACUUUGCCAAGAAAUUCGAAGAAUUGGAGAUCCAAAAUAUCGCAAAAGAGGUCGAAGGCAUUAAGAAAGGGUGGGCCCCAAGCUUCUUCCCACUAUUACAAGAAAUCACCUUCAACGAGGCAUUGAAAAGAAGGGUCGGGGCCAUCGAUCUGUUGAAUGCUGACCAGGCGAAACAAUGGGGGUUGACAAAAGAAUAUCUUGAAAAGCUUGUUGCUAAUAGACCACAAAUGAAAAUUGAUGUUAAACGUCCAUGA